GACUUUUUUCGCAGAAUUUAAAUAUUCUUAUAAUAAUGGUCAAAGUAUAUUUAGAGCAUUUAAGGAUUUAUAAGGGUGGGAACAAAAAUACUUUCUUCAUCACCACAUCAAUUUGCCAAGACUUUUUUGCCUUAAAUAGUUAUAUUUCUAUAUAUUAUACACCUCUUUAAUAAAUAUUGACCAGAGUAUCCCUCUUUGCAUCCCAAUAAUUCAUUUUUUGUCACUGUUGAACAGUCUAGGGGUGCUCUGUUCACUUUGGAGUAAAUAAUGGUUCAAACUUAAAAGAGGAAUUGAACCACAGAGAGAGAGAGAGAGAGAGAGAGAGAGAGAGUUAAAGAUGCUUGCAUUUCUUAGCUUUUCUGCAAACUGGGUGUUUUCUGAAAUUCCAGUAGAUUUCAAUGACAUUCUACAAACUUACCAUGGGUAGAUAUGGGGUGGCUAUGAAUUCAUGUUAUUCUUUGAAUUGCAUUAGCAAAAACCAUGCUCCUAAGAAGCUCCUCCACCCCAAUUCUGGGCUCCCUCCAUUCUUCCUCAUCAGAUAGCCCCAAAACUUUUGAGACCAGUUCCAAGCCUUCUUGUUCUGAUUCUUCGAAGAAACUCUUCUUCAAUGGAGGCCACCCCGAUUCCAUCUCUCUCCAAGGUGUGAGAAGAACACUCUCAGAUAGCAAUCUGCAUGGGCUUAUAUCCACUGAUCUCGAUACAUUUCACAGCAUAAACCCUACGAAAACACGGAAUUUCCCUCACUCCAAACUCCAAACAAUUCCUUCUUUCUCUUUCUACAACAAGAGAGAUGAAACAGAUGAAGCAGCAGAAGAAGAAAACGAUGAUGAAGAAGAAGAAAAAGAAGAAGAUGAAGAGAGUGGGGUUCAGCUUAACAAUUCAAUACAGAGGACUGUUACCAUUGGAGGUGAUAUCAAGCCACUAGAGAGAGAUUUUAGCUUUUCGAAGGUGGGUCUGCAGAAGUUUGGAGAGUUGGGUCUUGUCGACGAGUUGGGUAGAGAGAGAAUGAAGGAUCCAAGUUCGUUAAGUGACACUGGGCCUCUAUUUUUGGCAGUGGGGUUAGGCAUAGAAGGGGUAAUUCCUAAUACUACAACUGCCAUGGCUGGGGGGAGUGGUGUUGAUAAUUUUCAGAGAAGUGAUGAUGAAGGGACUGAUCUUGAGAGGUAUUACCAGAAGAUGCUUGAAGAGAUUCCUUGCAAUCCUUUGAUCCUGAGGAACUAUGCUCAGUACCUGUACCAGUGUGAUACAUAUACUAUGGCUGACCCAGCAAUUGACCAAGGAGUUAAGCCUGAGCUCUUGUACAUGCAAAGCGAUCGCGUCAAUACCGAUGUUUGGAAAGGAGUGAUUGGCAGAGUACAACGCACGUUGCAACACCUGGAUUCAGCAUUGGCUGCUGAUGAUUUGGGACCCAACACCUUAAAACACGUAAUGGCUGCCCAUUGGGAGCUGACCUUGCAGGCAGUAGAGGAGGAAGCAAAGCAAACGGGGUCUGGCUCUGACGAGCAAGUGCAUGCAGCCAAGGAGGUCGCUAGGGAAGAGGUCUCCAUGCCCGAGGCCGCGGAGGCAAAUAAAGAGACCCCCAUGCUUGAGCCUGUAGGGGAAGUUGGAGAGGAGCCACGAUUCAAUCUCCCACCGCGAAGGGGUCCAAGCACUAUCCUACGCCGAUCUGGCAAGCGUCCUAGCCGCCUUGAUGAAGGGUCUAGUUAUGGAAUUCCGAUUGCCUGAGCGAGGACAAAACAGUAUAUGCUGACACAUCCAACAAAAUAAGGAUCAAGGGAGACCAUCACAGAGCAGAGGAGUUUUAUUCAAGAGCCAUACUUUCAGAGCCUGGAGAUGGUGAGGUUCUCUCUCAAUAUGCUAGACUGAUAUGGGACCUUCAUCAUGAUCGAGAAAGGGCAUCAAGCUACUUCGAACAAGCAGUACAGGCUGCUCCUUCUG